CAAAAUUAUCAAGGGGAUCAUUGCAACAUUUGGGCCUUUUUCAUUUUAAAGAAAAGGCAAGUAAGAAGAGACAUGAUAGUGGCGUAUAAAAAUAUGCAUGGUAUAAGAAAAUCGAUGGGUAUAUGUUCUUAUCCUUUUUAUAGACACUAUUUAUUUAGAGCUGACUGGAGUAUCAAGCAUUCAAUGUGGACGGAAGAGGUUCAUCUGGAGUUGGUUGAUAAGGGACAACUUUGCCUUUGUCAUUUUCAACAUGUGCCCACCAAACACAACCAUUUUCCAUUUCUUCUGCUCUGGCUUCUAGGGUCAGAAUGGCAGCAUAGCCAUGGGAGACUGGAAUUUCCUGGGCGGGAUUUUGGAGGAAGUCCACAUCCACUCUACCACGAUUGGCAAGAUCUGGCUGACCAUCCUCUUCAUCUUCCGGAUGUUGGUCCUUGGCGUGGCGGCCGAAGACGUGUGGGACGACGAGCAAGCAGACUUCAUUUGCAACACGGAGCAGCCUGGCUGCAGGAACGUCUGCUAUGACCAGGCCUUUCCCAUCUCCCUCAUCAGGUACUGGGUCCUGCAGGUGAUCUUUGUCUCUUCGCCCUCCUUGGUCUACAUGGGCCACGCCUUGUACAGGCUGAGGACCCUGGAGAAGGAGCGGCAGAAGAAGAAGGCCCAGGUGAGGGCUGAGCUGGAGGCGACAGCCCCAGAGAAGGCGGAGGAACGGCGGAGACUGGAGAAGGAGCUACGGCAACUGGAGCAGAAGCGCCUGAGCAAAGCGCCCUUGAGGGGCUCACUGAUGUGCACCUACCUGGCCCACAUCCUGAUGCGCUCUGCCCUGGAGGUGGCCUUCAUGAUGGGCCAGUACCUGCUCUACGGCUUCCAGCUGGAGCCGCUCUACCAGUGCCGCCGGCCGCCGUGCCCCAACGUGGUCGACUGCUUUGUCUCCAGGCCCACCGAGAAGACCGUCUUCCUGCUCUUCAUGCAAGCCAUCGCCGUCGUGUCGCUCGCUCUCAACGGCCUGGAAGUCGCCCACCUGGCUUGCAAGCGCUGCCGGGCGGGCUCCUGCGGCGCUUCGCCCUCGGCCCUCGGGGGCAGCCCACGCUCCGCCCUGCUGGGCCAGCAGCCAAACCCCCCGCCCUGGGGACCCCGCCCGGACGACCGCCUCGCCCAGGGCCCACCACCCGCCGCCGACGAAGCCCACCCACCGCCCGGCCCUCGCAGCCCGACACGGAGCAGCAGCAGCACCAAAGAGAGCGGCCCCGGCGCCGCCGCAGCCCAGGCGACGGCCGGCUCCUCUUCCUCGUCCCGCUCGCCGCCGCCCGCCAACGGUGCCCGGCGCGGCUCCUGCAGCGGCGGCGACUCGGGCAGCGCCGUCUCCUCGGCCACGGCGGCGCCGAGCACGGCCGGCUCCCCGCCCUCCAGCACCGGCAGCGAGCGGGGACAGCAGAGCCCCCAGGAAGGGAGCUUCCAGCCCGGCCACGGCCGGACUCGCGCCGCCGCCGAGGGGAGCCAGGCGGGAGGCUCGGCUCCCUGCAAGGGCGGCAGCGGCGGCGGCGGCAGGGCGAGGAGGAGCGGCAGGAGCGGCGGCCCAGGACUCCCCCCGCCCCGGAAGGAGGCCUCGGCCGGCGGGGGCAGCCACAGGCGGGCGCCCACGGACCUCCGCGUCUGAGCGCUGCUCCUGGAGGGCGGGGCUGCCUUGGGGCCUUUGUCUUCCCCCUCCAGGGAAGGGCGGGAUCUGCGGGGAGAGGCAGCACAACC